UCAUCACAACAUCUCCCACAGGCACACGAAGUGUAAAUAUGUCCCUCGGAAAACCAGUUUUCAGGCUUCUGGGCCGCAGGACAAGUUAUUUCAGUAGUAUUACACGCACGUUUGGUACUGCUGCAGCUCAAAAGAAAGAACAGGAAGUAAAAAAAUCAGAACCAACUGCCAAGUUUGAUUAUCAUGAUGCCCUGAACCUGGAAAGCCUGCUGACAGAAGAAGAAAUACUUCUCAGAGAUCAAUUCCGCAGUUAUUGCACAGAUCGUCUUAUGCCAAGGAUAGUGGAAGCAAACAGACAUGAAAUUUUCCACAGGGAAAUCAUCCCAGAAAUGGGAGAGCUAGGAGUUCUUGGCCCUACAAUUCAGGGAUAUGGCUGUGCUGGUACAACAUCUGUGGCAUAUGGCCUCAUUGCUAGAGAAUUGGAAAGAGUGGACAGUGGCUAUCGCUCAGCCAUGAGUGUCCAGUCUUCCCUAGUAAUGCAUCCAAUAUAUAGUUAUGGCUCAGAAGCCCAAAAGGAGAAAUAUCUUCCCAGGCUAGCCAAGGGAGAGCUGAUAGGAUGCUUUGGGCUGACAGAACCCAACCACGGCAGUGAUCCCAGUGGAAUGGAGACUAAGGCAACAUACAAUCCUGCCAGCAAAACUUUUACUUUAAAUGGUUCUAAAUCAUGGAUCACCAACUCGCCUAUAGCAGAUGUAUUUGUUGUGUGGGCAAAAACAGAUUCAGAAAACAACAGAGUAAAAGGUUUCAUACUUGAGAAGGGCAUGAAGGGAUUAUCAGCACCCAAAAUUGAGGGAAAAUUUUCUCUGCGUGCCUCAACCACUGGACAAAUUGUGAUGGAAGAUGUCGAAGUUCCUGAAGAAAACAUGCUGCCAAAUGUUUCUGGUCUUGCUGGUCCAUUUGGAUGUUUGAACAGUGCCCGUUACGGCAUAGCCUGGGGAACUCUUGGUGCUGCAGAGUUCUGUUACCACACAGCUAGACAAUAUGUACUGGACAGGAAACAGUUUGGAAAACCACUUGCCAAGAACCAGCUCAUUCAGAAGAAACUUGCAGACAUGAUUACAGAGAUUUCCCUAGGCCUGCAGUCCUGUGUCCAAGUAGGCAGGCUAAAAGAUGAUGGAAAGGCAGCACCUGAGAUGAUCUCGCUUAUCAAACGCAACUCGUGCGGCAAGUCCUUGGACAUUGCACGUGCUGCACGUGAUAUGCUGGGUGGAAAUGGCAUUUGUGAUGAGUAUCACGUGAUCAGGCAUGCGAUGAACUUAGAAGCUGUCAAUACAUAUGAAGGUACUCAUGACAUUCAUGCCUUGAUACUUGGAAGAGCUAUCACUGGGAUUCAGGCUUUCACUGCAGACAAAUAGCUGUGAUGCUAGACCUUAUUUUUUCUGCCAGAUACAUAACCCCGAGUACUGCGAACGAAACUUGGCUCACUAGAUUUUCCAAUUGCAACAAAAUUUUUAACUUUGAAGAAAAAAAUGAUCAGUAAGUUGGUGACUGUAAUGCAGCUAGGUGACUGCUACACAGGGUUCACUUCCAUUAUGAAUAAUUCAGCCUCUAAGGUACAAAUGGGCCAAUUAAAAAUGACUAUUAAUUGUUUUUAAACAGCUGUGUUCCUGAAACUGUGACUACUUUCUUAGUAUUCAUGUCUUUAUGGAUACUCUUUAUGGAUUACAUCACAUAUUUAUUUUGUAACUUUUGCACCAGAUGGAUCUGGUGAAAAAGUAUAGAGUAGAUGAGUAAUACAAUGGUUCAUAAAAGUAUAUCAGGUUAAUUAAAGCUGUUUGUGACUAGACGCACAUAGUAUUCCUUCUUACCGAAUGAUAAUAUGGCAGUGACAUUUUGUUAAGACGACAUUGAAUUGAAGAUGGCAUACAGGUAUCCACCAAGUAUUAUUACAUAACCAGAGAUGUACUUGAAUGUUUUAUGAUGUUUUAUGAUGUACAUAAGUGUUUUAAUUUACUUGAUUACAAAUUGAACAAAAGUAGGAACAUUAUUUUGCUCUCUACAUAUUUUACUCACUGUAUCAAAUAUGGCAGCUGAAGAUUUUACUUAAAAUACUGUACAAAGAGUGGUCAUGCAUAAUAUUGAGAAUUAUUAAUAAUGUAAAUGUGUGUUACAUACUGGUGUAUUACUGGUUUGACAUUCUGAUAUAAAUAAUGUGAGUUGUUACACAUGGUAUUUGUACAUGAAAUAUUUUGGAAAGUAAUCUUAGGUCAUGCAUUGCAUGUUUCAAACUACAUCACGUGUCAAAAUGUACUGCAAUUACAAAGUCUGUCAAGAAUGCUUGUAUAAUGUCAAGAAUGCUUGUAUAAUAUAUUAAAGGAUAUUAAGUGUCUUUUAAGCCCCAGGGGCUGGGCGUUGCGCAGUUCAUAUACAUAGGUCUAUGGCACAGUGGUGAAAUAAUUAAUAAAAAGAUGAACUAAAUUUA